AUGUCCUCAAGUCCCGUUGAAAAGCCCAAGGAAGAGGGCUCCUUUUCCAUGAGCAAGACGAGCAGGUUCCGGGACGAAGAUCCAAUGGUUCCAGGGUCCAGAGGGAUUGAAGUCGAGUCCAAGGAGAUGCAGAGAGGCCAGACUUCCGGUGCUAGAAUGUCAGUGAGUCAAGAGGGGGCAAUGAAGGGGUGUCAGGCAAUGCAGAGUCCGAUGUGGGAGGUGUCCGAGUAG